CACAGUGUGUCCUGUCUUGGUCCUUUGAAACAGAAUGGACAGUGAGCAAAAGGUCAAAGCUGUUGUUGCUGGUUGGAUAUGUACAGGGCCACUGCUAACAAGAGACCCUUAGGAAGAUCACAAUAUUAAAUAUGGCAAAAUGCUUGGUCAAGAUCAGGACUCAACGAAGUCUCCACUUGCACCUGCUGAACCACUGCAGCAGUAAUGUGUUUGUCCGACUGCUGAAACAUGGCUCCAAGGUCAUACCUCGAAAUGCUGGUGCCCCAUUGUCUAAAGUGGAUGUUUCUGAGGGCAUGGUUGGCAGCUCACCAAUGAAGGGAGCUCUGCGUGAAUAUUGUUCAAGUGAAGAGGAAGAUAGAGUAAAAGAAGACCCCUUAACCCUCUCUGAACUAGCACACAAUCCCAGCGCCAGCCUGCUCCCUACUCCAGAGGAUGAUGAUGAAGUAGACAUGCUCUUUGACUGUCCAUCUAAGUUUGUGUUAGAAAGAGAAGACACGGAUUCAUUUGAGGAACUAGAAGCAGAUGAAAAUACCUUUUUGAUGGCUGAAGAAGAGAAGGUGAAGGAAGCCCGCCAAGCUUUGUCAUGGAGCUAUUCCAUCCUGACUGGCCGCAUCUGGCUAAACCCUCUGGUCAAGCGUUGCUCCCGGCUCCUUGUGGUGGGCCUGGGAUUGCUUCUGUUUGUAUUUCCCCUGCUCCUCCUUCUUUUGGAGUCAGGUAUUGAUGUCUCCUUCUUUUUCAAAAAAACGAAUUUGAGCAGUUUUAUUAUGAAUGCUACUGUCCCCUAAAGGAGUAGGUGGCUGGGAAGGUUAACAUUUUUUUUCUACAUGUUGGGCUUCCCUGAUAAGAAAAAGAGCUGUGAUCAAUAUUAAAAUUAUCUUUUUCAUUACAUGCCAUGUUCCAAAUGGUCCUGGGUCAUAAAGCUAUAUGCCAAACUCUAAAGUUGGCUUUCUGUGCUUUAAUAUACUUAAUACCAGCUUAAAACAAAUUUUAUUUGCUAUAUGCAGCAUUUAAGUAACCAAAGAGAUGUUAUUUUUAUUGCAGUGUAGACUUUCUUUUUAUUUUACCUCAAAGUGACUUACUUUUCCUGUUUCUUUGUCAUUGUCAUCACUAUGAAAGAGAAUUUUAAUGAUUAGAAUUUUAGUCAGAGUCCAAGGGAAUACAUUUCAAUAUAAUUCUUAGUGAAAAAAGUAUUUUCUAAGAAAUGUUUAUACAACUAAAUUUAUGCUGUUUUUUUUUCCAGUUUUUAAAGAAUAUUUUUAUAUUAGAAGAAUUUUGGUAAACUUUUUCUUUCAAAAAAAGCCCUGUUGAAUUUUGAAAGUAUACAUAUUGUAAAACUAAUACACAAAGAUGUAUCAGAAAUUAUUUUAAUGUUAUGACACCAGUUUUUAUAAAAUAUAUGUUUGGUUGAAAAAUCUAAACUUUACAACUAUCUGCAAAUGAUAUAGUAAACCUAGUGGAAACAAGUUGUAGUAAGUUGUCCAAACAGAUGCUGGGAUUGGAGGUAUAGACAGAGAACACUUAGUGGGCAUGUGAGGGCCAUCUUUCAACAUUUAGUCAUGAUAAUCUAGUACUUUCAUUUUUGUUAUGUCCGUAUAUUUAGCCUGGAUAAGCAGAAUGUUUGGACAAUAAAGUGAAAUUUGAAGAAAGAUAGACUAGUUAAUUGCAUAUUGUUCACUAAUUGGAGUGAAAGAUGACAGGUUGGACAGAUGGAAGGUACCAAAGAAGAACUCUGAUGACACCUGUGGCCAGUUGACCUCUCAUGUGGAAAUGAUUGUGAUGCAGCACAUUCUACAAUGUAAGGAGCUGCUCUCCUGCUCCUCACCUCUAUGGCAGCACGCCUCAGUGAUUCUAAAUGGCAGUAUACAAAUUUUAAAGUAAAAUAUUUUUGAUCCU